GCCUCUCCUUUUUUUUUUUUUAACGCCGUUGAAGAUCUAUCCGUUUUAGGUACCAUUAGGAUGGAAUAAUCUGCAAGCCUGAGCAAAAAUGCUGCUUUUUUUUCUUGAGGCAAAUGCAAGCAUAAAAGGGAGCUUAGAAGGAAACAAGAAAUAUAGAAAAAUAACGUUGCAGUUUUGCCGCCCCCUUUUAGUCCCCUUUCAGAUUGAUCGAUCAGCAAAACAUGAAAGAGGGAUCUUACUACAGUUUAGCCUCGCAGCCCAAGCACGUACAACUCGGAAGCUACUCCCUCCAAAAUCAGCCAGCUUCGUUCCAAAGUCGGAAGACGUCAAGCCGGCAGCGCGAAACGGAAGACGCUCGACGGAGCAGUUUCGAAGGAGGGCUGCAAUCGAAUCGACCCGGAACUCCUCCUCCUCCUCCUCCGGAGUUUACAAGGCGAAGGAAAUCGGCGGUUGCUGUAGGGGCAUUCACGAGAUCGCCAUGUAUCGGCAGGGCUUCCGGCCUCCCACUCCGCCGUCUUCGAGUGGCUCCGGGUUUUUGAGCCCUGCCUCUGGAGGAGCCUCUCCACAAGGCUAUCGAAGCCCUCGCCACAUGUCGCCUUACGGAUCCCGCUCGCGGCCGUACGACAUUUCUCCUCGCUCUCCCCGCUUCCAAACGUGCGGGGACGGUGGAGGCUGGUUUGGAGGCUCGGCAGGGGCGCACACACCAUGUAGGCCCCACAGCGCCAGUCCCAGCCACUUGGCUCCCUACAGUGGUGGCAAGUCCCCCGGAGGAGCAUUUUACCAGCAGCAGCCCUUCAAGCAGCCGCCUUCGGGGGGCUACCAGAGAUACAACCAGGGAUCACCCCGAAUAUCGACUCCAUUUGGUACACCACAUGGGAAAGAGAAAACACUGUCAAAUGAUGAUAUGGAGAAUUAUUAUAAACCUUCAAUGCUUGAAGACCCAUGGGCAGGCCUAGAACCAGUGUCUGUUACUGAUGUUAACCAACUAUUCAGCCUUGAACAAGCAACACACUGUGGUAGAAAAGGGAGAUAUUUCAGCUAAAGAACUUGCAAGUUAAAUAUGUUUGUGAGAUACUGAUAUGUUUGUGAGAAACUGAAAUAGAAUUGCCUUUCUUAAGAUGAUCGUUAAGCAAUGAUCAUACAUUUUAAUUUCCAUACUUUUGUUCUGCUAUUUUGACAAGACUUUAUACUGAAAGAAAGAAGAUACUUUUACACUUCUGGAUAUACAGAACAGAAAUACUAAGAAUACAUUCUUAGCCAUUCUUUAAUUAGUUUGACAUUUUCAAGGGUCUUCCUGAGCAAAUUGUUUAAGAUUGUAAGCUUCUUGAGAAAAUGUCAAAAGAAGAAUUUUAAAAUAAAAUAUAUUAAUUUGUAUUACAAA